ACACAUUCCGAGCCGAUCCCUCCCACCCCUACUCCACGCACGCACGCACGCACGCACUCCUACGAUUAUCCAGGAGGGACGCGUCCUUCCUGGCGCAGCUCCGCACAACUUAAACGAGUGAGAGAGCAACUGCAUCAUGGCGCUGUGGACUAUAUUUCUAAUUAUGUGCGCGUUUACGCGCGGGUACGCCUUUUUAGGGUCCGACGACUCCACGCACCCUCACACGUUUUACGGCUGCUGCGAGGAUGGCAAGCAAAGGGCUCGAACCUUAACGAACUGCAACGACCUCCCCUACAUCUCCCACUCACACGUGUGCAGGCUGGCCCAGGAACAGUGCUGCACGGCGGUCGUGGAGGAUCGGCUGUGCGAGGCCGGCGCCUUCAUGGCCGCCUGGCAGGGGGCAUGCGAGAGGCACUUCUUCCUCUGGAAGCCUUGGGAAAAUAAAAUCGCCAAGGGGUGUUGUGACUGCUGCAUGUUGGGCAUGGCGUCAGCGGACCAAGACCUGAGCUGCGAGAUAACUUACAUGUCAUUGGGGAAAUUGUGCGAGCAUGUCGCGAAAAGAUGCUGCGCCAAAAACUACACAGAGGGAUUGAACUCUACUGCGGAAGUGAAUGGUCCCACAGUGCCUCCAGAGAAUCAAGUACCAGCCAGUACCAUCGUACCUCUCGUGGAAGCAGACAACUGUACAGUCACGAAUUGCUCCCAGGAUUGUAUUGACAACAGCGUCUGCACUUGUUACGUUGGUUAUCGACUCCGACGCGACGGAAUAACGUGUGAGGAUAUUAAUGAGUGCCUGCUUAAUGUUCACGACUGCGUCGCCGGCCAAAUGUGCAUCAACACACAAGGCUCGUUCCGCUGCCAACGGGAAACCAGCUGCGGCACCGGGUACGAGCUCACGGACAGCAACGACUGCCGAGACAUUGAUGAAUGCGCUUUGAAUAUUCACAACUGCGGACUGAGCUUCGAGUGUGCCAACAAUGAAGGUUCCUUCCGCUGUUACCCGAAGGAAAAGUGUGCUGAAGGGUUCAUUCAAGACGCCGUCGGCAACUGCAUCGACAUCAACGAGUGCGUGGCCCACCCGGUUCCGUGCCAGCCCGGCCACACGUGCGUCAACACGCAGGGUUCGUUCAUUUGCCGCAGGAGCACGAUCACGUGCGGACGAGGCUACCACCUGAACGCAGAGGGCACACGCUGCGAAGACGUAGACGAAUGCCAGACGGGUAAUGUGUGUCGGAACCACGGCUGCGUCAACAUGGUGGGAACGUACCGCUGUAACUGCAAUAACGGCUUUGUCUUCAACAGCGUCGCCAGGCUCUGCGAAGAUAUCAAUGAAUGUAGGUAUUAUCCCAAGAGGCUAUGUGCCCACAAGUGCAUAAACACAGAGGGGUCUUACGAGUGCAGCUGCUCCGCUGGUUUCCAACUAUCCCUUGACGGCAGGAAUUGCGAAGAUGUCAACGAGUGUGAGGACAGCCCGUGCAGCCAGGAGUGCGCCAACGUCUACGGCUCCUACCAGUGCUACUGUAACUACGGUUACCAGCUUAGUGACGCUGACGGGAUAACAUGUGAAGAUAUCGACGAGUGUGCGCUGCCCACCGGUAGCCAAGUGUGCACCUACCAAUGCUUCAACGCCCCCGGAAGCUUCUACUGCACCUGUCCAUCCGUGGGGUACACCCUGGCCUCGAAUGGGCGCACAUGCCAAGAUAUUGACGAGUGCGCAACCGGGAGCCACUCUUGCGGCGCCACCCAGGCCUGCUUCAACAUCCACGGAGGAUACCGUUGUUUGGUCUUUGAGUGUCCAUCCUACUACCGCCAACAAGCACACGGAUCGCUGAACAAGGACUCGGUCAGCGUGCGUUGCCACAAGGCCUGCCACCCCAACAACUUCGCCUGCAUGCAAGACCCUGUCCACAUUGUCACCUACAACGUCCUCUCGCUGCCCACCUACAGACACGUUAAUCAACCCGAAGAUAUAGUUUUUCUGCGGACGUCGAUGCGGGUUCAACCCCCCAACAGCAACGUUGACGUCGUCUUUGAAAUUCUGACGACAGACAACCACUUCUCAUUCGACGUGGUGAAGCGCUAUUUUCAGGGUUAUGUCAUUGGUGUGGUGCGCCAGGUGAGGCCAGUUGCCGGGCCCCGGGACAUUGAGCUACAGGUGGCCUUGAACUACAUCAAGUCGGGAUACGUCUCGCACCGCAACAUUGUCGUUAUUUACAUCGUCAUCUCCCAGUUCUGGUUCUGAGCUGUAUCGCAUAUGCGAGGUGACCGUUAUUUAAAUGUGACUUGAAAACCCCUGAGACGGAGGUAAAUCUUUAUUUAUAAAAACAGAGUGACAUUAUCAAAAGAAAAAUGAGGGCCUGCGUUAGGUUGGAGUGUGAAGCUAUUUUGGCGCCUACCAUGGUCACCAUCACUGUAACGGGCUGCUUUAAAGGAAGAAUACAAUUUAUUUAGUCAUCAGACAAAUCCCAAUUGUAUGGCCAAAUUGCACAGAUAGCCAUGUAUCAUUAAGUAUUUGCAUUGAAACAGUAAAAAAAAAAAAAGUGCCAUGUGAACUACAAUGAAAUAUAGUAUCCCCUUCUAUAUUUGCAACAAAAAACAUAUAAUGUAUGGGUAGCAAAGAGGUCGGUUGGUGGCAGUUAUCACCUCUGGGUGCACAAUUUCUUUUCAUUCUAUGCAAUGAUUGUUGAGCUUUUUCCCUUGGAAUUGUGAAGACAAAGGGUCUAUUUAAUGGUACGAUUACAAAAACCAAAUACUCAACUCUGUGCACCAAGAAUGUUUGGGCAAAUGUUAUAUGUCAGACCAGUGGCGGAGCCAGAAUAUUUUCAGUGAGGUGGCCAACGUUUUUUUUUUUGAGAUACCCCUUGAAAACCAGUCGCCUGCAGGAAUUGCAAAUGGAAUUUUCCCCGAUCUUCCUUGGAGUCUUCUGGCUCUUUAGGAACCAAAGGACAAUUGCCGAAACAUGAGGGGGGGUGGCUGAGUUUUAGUCCAGGGUGGCCGUGGCCACCCCUGGCCAACCUCUGGCUCCGCUCCUGCAAUUUGCAUGUUCUAUGUAUGUUUUAAAGUGUUUUUUUUUCAGACAGAAAAUGUGUAUAUAUGUAUAUAUAUACACAUAUAUAUAUAUAUGACUGUGUUUUUGUUGUUGUUGUGAAGUUCAAUCUAUUUUGUCUAAUAUAAAAGAAUAGUGUGCCGUUGUGAGUGGUGAUCAUUUUUACACUGGAUUUUCUAGAUAAACCGGCAAAUGUGCAAUUAGUUGUGACUAUUAAAGACUAAUUGUCAUUAAAUGCGGUGACUGCUUUGUGUUGAGGAGAGCCACCGCAUCCUCCCCGGCCUGCAGAAAUCAGCCAUCUUCCAGUUGUAACAGAGGUUCCAAAGUCAUCCAAGUCUCACAGAAUGUCCUGUUUUCCCUGUAACUUUAUACGGCCAGUUUCCUCAACAAACUUCCAGUUUUGUGAGGAUAUUUCCAGUUAUUACCGCUCGCAAGGAUGAAUAAUCAGCUAUACAAUACUGGAAAUGUUUUGUUCUGUAAAUAACUCAUGUUAAAGAUGAAAAAUGGCUUGAGGGCGAAUACUUUGCCACAUAUAUAAUCAAGUGAUCGGACUUUGACCACCACCGUCGUGCUCCACAUGGCCAACCAAAACACAGGGGGCAACCAUUGAGGGGGAAAAUCCUGUCAUCUAAACUUCACCACAUUGCAUGGAAAUCCCAGAUGCCUGUCAUGUG